AUGGCUAUGAGUGAUGAUUACCCAGAGAGCCAUAAGUUCAGUGAGCGAUUAGCUCGCCCGCAUUUAUCGGGCUUGAUUGAUCGAAUACGGAAGUCAAACUGGUUUGCAAACCGAGCUGAAAGUGAAUCUGCCAAAGCCAAAGCCAAAGUCACCUUCCUGGGCUAUGUCGUUGAACACGGACAAAUAGCCCCACGGGAUGUGAAAACGAAAGUUAUGAGGGAUGUUUGUACAUUGUUGACGAAAAGAGCAACACUGGACAAUAUAACAGCGGCUGUUACAUCACAAAACCAGGGGGUGUUCCCCAGGAAAUACCGAGCCCUUCUGGCAACAAAUGGCCACAAACCGAUCAAAGGUGAAAGUGACGGUGAACCAGACAGAGCAGUCAGUGGCUGCAUAAAGCAGGACGGCGUGGAUAUUACACACGGGGACGGAGUACACCAGGAAAUAAAACUGUUCCCGAUAAACAAUGGGGAUGUGUCUCAGGAUCAGAUCGAGGAUAAUGACCAGGAGAUCCGCCGCUGCCAUGGCCCCCAGCUUUGGGAGGAAACGGGAGAAUCCAUCAGAAACUCACGUAGACAAGGGGAGAAGAUGCAAACUCAUGCAGAUAGUCGCCCGAGGCUGGAAUUGAACUCAUGUCCCUGAUGCUGUGAUGGAACAGUGCGAACUACUGAGCCACUGUGCUAACCUGGAACCUCCUGCCAGCCUAAUGCAAAGGGAAUUCAGCCAAAUCUAACUCUCCCAGGA